UUUGAUACGGAGUACAAUAUCUUUUUGCCCUAGAAUUUCCCCCAAUUCCUCAAAACUUGGGUUUCAAUUUUUUUUUCUUGAUUUUAAUUUCUCAUCGCCUUUUCUUAAUUCUUUCAUGAAUUGAAAUUUUUAUACCAAUUUGAUUUGUCGCUGUGCUUCGCGUUAUGUGAUCAUGGCGAGUAUUCACUAUUCUCCCGCUUUCAAUUUGUCGGAAGACGGAAAAUUAGGGUUUUGUCGCCCCGAAUCGGAUCCCCAAUUCAAUUGGCGCAACAAUCCAAAUAUUGAUUCGUAUCGUGAACUCGUUAGAAACAGAAUCCAGGUGUUUCUUGCCCAAUAUGCAUUUCAGCAGUAUGCGUUACAAAUCCCUUUUGUUGCUGCCAGUCUGGAAAAUCAAAUCUUCAUGGAUGCUCUUUCCGAGAAUGACUACCUGGAUCAACAGAAUUUUCUUGAUCGCCUUAUGAAGGUAAUUAAACGGAGUUGGGAGUCCGGUCAGCAUGAAGCAAUGCAUACCACUACAUCACUACCAAAAAAUGUUUCUGCUUCAACCCUUGCAACGAAAAAUAUUUUUUGCAAAAACAUUGAUAAGCCACACCAUGAUAAAUAUGUUAGUGAUGAUGCUUGCUUUAAGUCGGAUCAUGCACCAGAGCUUUUAGCUGAUGUACCCUGGAGUAGGAUAUAUGGAUCACAAAAAUGUAUAUUGGAUGCCAAUGUGUGGCAACCUGAGCUGGUGCUACCUAAUAAUUAUUCUUCUGGGAUGGGUUUUUUUAAUGCUGAUUCUGGUGAUAGUGAAAUUACCUAUACUGGAAGUGGGUUGCAGUAUGAUUCUGAGGCAUCCUUUGAGAGUCAUUGCAAUCAAUACCAGAACUCUGCCAAAGGUGAAACGAAUUUCAACAUCUUUAGUGACCAGAAUGAUCCUUCUUUGUAUUCACCUGCUACGGUGAGGGAGAACUUGAAAUUUGAAGUGUCCACUGUCUCUGAUGGUUUGCAUAUGCGACAGCCAGUUCUGGGACCCCUGCAGUUUAAUCAACCGCUCCUACAUUGUGAUGGACACUUUACGGAGAUUAAAACUGUUGGAAGCUUACCAGUGCAAAAUAGAAAUUUGUAUACCUCUCCGCGCGCCACAUCAACCCCUAGAGAUACACAGCAGCUUUCUAAGCAGACGGAGAAUCUCAACAUCCUAUACAGUUAUAUUAAUUACAAAAAAGAUGGGCAUAAAGUUCCCUUUUUGGAAUACAUACAUUCACUGAAGUGCAAAGAUGGCUGUGAAUGUGAGACAUAUAGGGGGUUGCUUACACAUUACGACAGUUGUGGCUCUGCUGACUGUGAUACUUGUGGAUCUGCUGCAAGGGGUUUUAUACAAUCUGGAUUAAGAAAUCAAGGAAAUGGCUUUGUUAGGCUGACACAUGGUAAUGAUUCUGGCAAGAGAGUCCGUGCUAACACUUCUGAAGACUUUAUAUACUCUGCAAAAUUAAGGAAGUUGGAUUCGUCUCCUAGACGUGAUUCACCAUGUGAUGUUUCUGCAUUAAGUGAGGAGCCAUUCAGUCCUUCAGGACCUUUGAACUUUGAGCAACUGUCUAAAUCCCCAGUAAUGGCUACUCCUGUUAACCCAGGGGAAAAUGCUUAUAUUACCACUAGUCAUACUGAUGAUGUUUUAAGAAUUAGUGAAUCUGACAACAGUCAUCUGGACGAUGCUCUGGGAUUCAAAUAUGGGGAUGCUAUCAUUCCUUCUGAAGGCCCGUCUUUUGAUUGUUCGCAGAAGGUUGAAAGAGUCUCUUGUCAUAUUGAUGAUGCUGCAAGAAUAAGUCUACAAGGUAAUGUCACCAUUUCCUUGUAUGAUACUCGUGGAAGUAACUCUGGUGAUGCUACCAAUUUUGCCGAUCAUCCAUCUGCUGAUUCCUGUCAGAAGGAGAUUGAACCUGUAGUCAAUGAACUCAAAGAUACAGUUCCUGACCCUGGUUGUGAUUUGCCAUCUGAUUAUGUUCCAUACCUGUUUGAAGACAAGUCUAUUGCUCAAAGGGUAGAGUUUAUACCACGGAGUGAUUCAGAAGAUAUUCAUCAGACAGCUGGUUCUAGGACUCGGAUGAAGGGAUUUAAGUCUGUGGAUGCUAUCAUUCCUUCUGAAGACCCGUCUUCUAAUUGUUCGCAGAAGGCUGAAAGAGCCUCUUGUCAUAUUGAUGAUGCUGCAAGAAUUAGUCAACAAGGCAAUGGUGCCACUGCCUUGUAUGAUACUUGUGGAAGUAAAUCUGAUAAUGCUACCAAUUUUGCCGACGAUCCAUCUGCUUAUUCCUAUCAGAAGGAGAUCGAACCUGUAGUCGAUGAACUCAAAGAUACAGUUUCUGACCCUGGUUGUGAUUUGCCAUCUGAUUAUGUUCCAAACCUGUUUGAAGACAAGCCUAUUGCUCAGAAGGUAGAGUUUAUCCCACGGAGUGAUUCAAAAGAAAUUCAUCAGAUAGCUGGUCCUAGGACUCGGAUGAAGUCAGAAAAACAAAAGGUGGAUGGCAUCAGUUUAAUUGACUUUUUCACGCCUGAGGAAAUCAAACGACAUUUGUCUAGUCUCAAGCAGAGAGAUGAUCAGGGCAUAGCUGGAAAAAUGGCUGAAAAUGGAGCAAGCUGUUCACUCAGUGAAAACUUCUGCCAGCUAUGUGCUUUGCCUCAGCUUGCAUUUUCACCAAUGCCGCUGUAUUGUUUAUUCUGCGGGGCACGUAUAAAGAACCAUGCAACAUAUUACGCCACAAUCGAUAAAACCUCUGAUCAAUUAUGCUUUUGCACCACAUGCUAUAACAAGUGUCACCGUGGUACUUUCACAUUAUAUGGGUUGUCUAUAUCUAAGUCCAAUCUCAAGACCCAAAAGAAUGAUUUGGUGACUGUAGAAUCGUGGGUUCAAUGUGAUAGAUGUGAAGGAUGGCAACACCAGAUAUGUGCCCUCUUUAAUGAUAAAAAAGACUUAGGAGGUGAUUCAGAGUAUCUUUGUCCAAAGUGCUACUUAGAAGACCUAGAAUUUGAGGGGCUAAUGCCUUUGCCACGUUCUUCUUCUUUGGAUGCACAUCACCUUCCUCAAACUUUGCUUAGUGAUCAUCUUGAGCAACGACUCUUUGGACGUCUUAAGCAAGAGAGAGAAAACAGGGCAAAAGCUGCAGGAAAGAAUCCUGAAGAGGUGCCAUGUCCUGCUGAUCUUGCUGUAAGGGUGGUAUCAUCUGUUGACAAAAGACUGAAAGUGAAGCAACAAUUUUUGGACAUAUUUCCUGAAAAUGGUUACCCUGCAGAGUUUCCUUACAGAUCAAAAGUUAUUCUUUUAUUUCAAAGGAUUGAAGGUGUAGAUGUGUGCCUUUUUGCCAUGUAUGUCCAAGAGUUUGGAUCAGCCUGCAGCCUACCAAAUCAAAGAUGCGUCUAUAUAUCAUAUCUUGAUUCUGUCAAGUAUUUUAGGCCUGAGACAAAAACUCUGAAAGGAGAAGCUCUUCGAACUUUUGUUUAUCAUGAAAUUUUGAUUGGAUACCUUGAUUAUUGCAAGAAACGAGGCUUUGCCACCUGCUAUAUAUGGGCUUGUCCACCUGUGAAGGGAGAAGACUACAUUCUAUACUGUCAUCCAGAGACGCAAAAAACCCCCAAACCUGACAAGCUGCGGCUAUGGUAUCAGUCAAUGCUAAAGAAAGCAACAGAAGAAAAGAUUGUAGUGAAUUUUUCAAAUUUAUAUGAGAAGUUCUUUGUGCCUACUGGGGAAAGGAAGACCAAAGUUACAGCAGCCAGGUUGCCUUACUUUGAUGGUGAUUAUUGGUCUAGUGUUGUUGAGAGUAUGAUUAAGAAGAUUGAUUUAGAAAGUGGAGGAGACCCUGAAAAGCAGCUCAAAAAGAAGUGGAGGAGCGUGAAAGCUUUUGGACAUAGUAACCCUUCGGCUAAUGAUGUGAAAGACGUCUUGUUGAUGCAAGCACUUGGACAUAUUAUAUCAUCAGCAAAGGAAGACUUCAUUAUUGUGAACUUGCAAUCCGUCUGUACAAACUGCCAUGAAAUCAUAUUAUCAGGGCAAAGGUGGUUUUGUAAUCAGUGCAAAAAUUAUCAGCUAUGUGCAAGAUGCCAUGAUGUGACUGAAUUAGUUGGACCAGGAGACACACACAUAUCUAGUGGUGGUCAGAGACAUGCUCUCUCUCAGGAAGUGGUGAAUGAUGUACCAACUGAUACAGAAGACAAUGAUGCCAUAAUGGACAACUGUUUUCUAGAAAACAGACAUGCUCUUUUGAGUUUCUGUCAAGGAAAUCACUAUCAGUUUGACUCACUUCGUCGUGCAAAGCACUCCUCUAUGAUGAUUCUGUAUUAUCUCCACUAUCCGAAUGGGUCUGUUGCUGGGAUUUCCUGCAAUUUAUGCCUCAAGGAGACAGGUGCUGAUCAAAGAUGGGUGUGUGAGACAUGCCCAGAAUUUAAUGUUUGUAGCUCAUGCUAUGAUAGACAUGGUGCUAAUUGUCACAAUCAUACAUUGAUUAUUUGUUUGGUCAAACAGCUGCUUGAUGUUCUACUGCAUGCAUCUCAGUGUCAUACUACAGUGAAUCUUCCCUGUUCUUAUCCAAAUUGUUCGAUUCUUAGGAGACUCUUUUCCCAUGCACAUGCAUGUAAUAUUCGAAUAGCUGGUGGGUGUCGGCAUUGUAAGAAGACGUGGUUUAUUCUGUUGAUGCAUUCUCGAAGGUGUAAAGAUCCGAGUUGCAACAUCCCUAGAUGCAUGGAUUUGAAGAAUCAUGAAAAAAUGCUUGAAUCAUAACGUGUCUCCCAGUCAGUGUUAUAAGCUGAUUAUAAUUUCUCAUGUACAGCACCUUUUUUAGAUUUGUCGUCAGAGCAGAAAACUGGUUGUAGAUUCUUUCAGUGAGAGGCAAUUGUACAGGUAGAUAGCAGCAGGAGUCUUUCAGAAUCAAACUUUUUUUUUUCAGAAUCAAACUUAGAUAGUCAUUCAGAAAUAAUGAGAAUUCCGGGGCAAAAAUUAUUUCUGUUCCUAGGAUGGGAAGCUUUGUAUAGGAUAAAGAAAAAAAAAAAUAUUUAUGAUUUUAGUGUUAUCCCCAUGCUCGGUGUAGCAAGUCCCUUUUGUGUUGCUAUAAUAAAAUCCCAAGCUUAAAUUUUUGAAGUGAUUUUGUAUUAGCUUAGAAAUUCUUUUUGGUUAAGAGAAUAUUAGCAUUUUGGUAACUACAAUUGUAAGAUUCACAUUAAGGGUAUUUGCCGUGUUAUGUCUUAUGUAUCAUGGUUUUCUGAGUAAAUUUCAUAUGAUUGCUACUUGUAUUA